UAUUACCUAAAUUGACGAUUAUAAAUAUGAUCACAGUUAAUUAUUUCAUAAAUUUGUUUGAAUUAAUAAAUUAUUUGAAACCUUACCAAAUUUGGAAAGCUUCUUCUUUAAAGCAAAAGAAUUUUAUCAAUAAGUUUAAAGAUUUUAUUAAACUUGAAAGUGAUAAUUCAAACCAUGAAUUAUGUUUGAAAGAUAAGAAUUUAAGCUUGACUAAAUUCAAAGCUUUGAAAUCAAUGGAUAGAUCAAGAACUAUGUAUUCAAGUUUGAUUUCAAAAAAGAAACCUGAUUAUAAGAUUAUAGAAAAGCAAUUUAAAUCAGAUUUAGAAGGUUCAACAAGUUUUAAUGAUCCAUUACAAAUUACAUCUAAUUUUUCUCAUUUAAAUAUCUUCCAUGCCAUAGUUAAAAAAUUAUUUGAUCCUUAUAAUAUUAAAUCAACUCAAAUAUUAGAAGUAACAUCAUCCUCAUCAACUUCAUCUUCAAAGAAUUCUAAAUUUUGGUUGAUAUGCAGUUUCAGUAUUGGUAUUGGAUUUGGAAUUGGUAUAGCCAGUGGAGCGGCAUCAUUAUUUGGAUUUUACAUAUAUGAUGGUUUAUUAAGAUCGUAUAGUGAAACACCAUUGGUUUUAAAUAAUGAACCUUUAAAGCAAAAUUUGAAUCCAAUAAUGAUUAUGGAUUCAAUGAUUGAUUCUUAUACAGCUGAUUUUCUGGAUUCUAUUAAUCAAUUUUAUAAUACAUUGGGUCAAUCCGAUAUUUUUCGUGAAAUUGCGGAAAUAUCUCAAAAUUAUACUCAUUAUUUAAGAUGCUAUAGUUCAUUAGUUAUUGAUUACUUUCAAGGUGGGUUAGAGAAGUUAGUCGGUUUGAUUAUAUACAGUAACCAUUAGAUAUGGUCUGUUACAUUCAUUUAGUUCUUAUUUUUUCUUGUUUGAUUUAUAUCAUUUUGGUUUUAUAUUCCACUAUUCAGUUUUAUUUUAGUUUAUUUUAUUUUAUGUUCCAUUCAUUUUAUUUUUAUUUCACAUUUGAUAUAGGUUAGGUUUAUUCAAAUGGAUCGCUAGGUUUUAAACGGGCUUUGUUUGGUUGGCUUAUUUUGGUAUUAUUCUUUUUUAUUUUGUAUAAUUAAUUCAAAAAAAAAGUUAAUAUUUUUCUUCUUAAUAAAUAGAAAUAUUUCUUCUUUCAAUAGUAAUUAAGUUCACAUAUACAUAUUUGUUAUUAUAAAAGAG